AUGACUCCACCUAUGCAUAAAGAAAAAUCCAAAGUUAAACAACCUGUCAGCAAAGUUGAGAAGGCCAAGAAGAAAUCAGCCCACUAGGAGCUGAGGCAAAGAUGAACAGAGAUCUAUGCCCUCCAGAGAGUCAUAACAGAGAUGGAGCAACAGCAGUUCAAUGAGUUGUGUAAAUUGAUGCAGCCUUCUGGAGAGUGA